AUGUCCGCCGCGACGUCGCGGACGUCUCGCGGCGCGAACGCGACGGCGCGAACGACGUGGGGGGUCGGAAUGGGCGCGGGACGGCGACGCGGGGGCGGAUCGACGCGACGCCCGGGACGGACGGUGGGCGCGCGGUGGACGCGCGAGGGCGAUGGGGUGGAUCACGGGCGCGCGGGCGCGCGGCUUGAGGUGGUGCGCGCGAGCGCGGCGAAUGCGGACGCGGAGGUGGACGCGGAGGCGUUGCUGAGGGAGAUUUUCGCCGACGCGGAGGUUGACGCGGAGUGGUACGGCGUGGACGAGGACGAGGACGUGGAGAUUAGUGGAAUCGCGAACGAUAUCAACGCGUUGCUCAGUGGUGAUUUGUUUGUCUGCCCGGUGGGGGGGGAGGCGGGCGCGUCGUUGGCGCGCGAGGCGGUCGCGGCGGGGGCGGUGGCGAUCGUGGCGAGCGAACGCGUGGAGGGCGUCGCCGACGUCCCGUGCGCCGUCGUGGCGAACGUGGACGAAGCGCUGGCGGAUAUCGCGCGGGUGUUUUACGGUGAUCCGAGCACGGCGUUGACGGCGAUCGCGCUCACGGGGGCGGUCGGGAAGACGACGACGUCUUACUUGGUGAAGUCCGUGUUCGAGGCGGCUGAUAUUAAAAUGGGUCUCGUCGGGUCGAACGGAAACUACGUCAGGGUGGAUUUCGAGGAAGACGACCUGAAGCUCACCACGCAGGGCGGCGUGUGGGAGAGCGACGAGGAGGACACGACUCGUGAUCGCACGUCCACCGCCCCGGGAUGGUUGGCGCCGUACCGAGGAAAGUACGAGUUUGAGGAGCUCGGCGCGGAUGCGUUGCAGUUUCAGCAACUCACCGCGGGCAUCGCUGAUAACGGGGCCAACGCGGCGGUGAUGGAGGUGAGCGCAGAGCAAGUCAGGCGCAAAGCGACGAGAGGGAUGAACUUCGACAUCGUCGCCCUGACCUCGUUCGAGGGCGCGAGAAAGAACUACAACGGAGCGGAUUCCGAGUACUCCUCGUUCGUGGCGGACGUCUUCAAGGUGCUUGAAAACGCCGAGACCCAGCGCGGGGUGAUCAACAUAGACGAAGAGGACGCUGAUUUAUGCCGAGAGUACGCUAGUGGGGUGCCGGUGGUGACGUACUCGACGCAGAUCGGGAACACCGCCGCCGACGUAUACCCAGCUCGCGUAGACUUUUCUCUCUUCGAGACGGCAAUCUCACUGAGCACGCCCGCGGGGAACGUCGAGGUCGUCCUCGGCCUCGUUGGUGAGCACAUGAUCGGACCAAUCUGCUGCGCCACCGCGAUCGGGUUGGCGGCGGAGAUUUCGCUCGAUGUCAUCGCCGCCGGUUUGGAGGCGUGCGAGGUGAUUCCGGGACGCAUGGAACUCGUUGACAUGGGACAAGACUUCUCCGUCCUCGUCGACAACGCAAACACGCCGGAGGGGAUCGAGCGUGUGAUUCAAAGCGUUCGUGCCGCGAAUUGCCGACGCGUCAUCACCGUCAUCGGCUGCGAGGGCGACAUGGGAGACGAGCGCGGCGAGCGCGCCGUGAUCGGCAAAGUCGCGCACGACAUGUCGGACGUCUUGUUCAUCACCAACGAUUCCCCAAAGACGGAGGACCCGUACAAAAUUUUGGACGAUAUUUGCGGCGGGUUUAGAAAUGAGAUUUAUGAGAACGAUAAGAUCAAGGAUGAGGCGCUGUUCCCGUUCUUGAAGGAUAUGUACGAGGUGCACGAAAACGCCCAGUACGAGUGCAUGCGAUUGCAGAACUUAGUUCGUAGAUACGUCAUGGUCGAUCGCUUCCACGCCAUCCGAGCCGCCAUCGGCAUGGCCGAGCGCGAUGACGUGGUUCUCAUCCUCGGCAGAGGCUCGAAGGAUUACUUUGUCGUCGGUCGCGAGAAGCACUGGUUUGACGACGUCGUGGAGGCUCGAGACGCUCUGCAAAAAAUCGGCGCCAUCCAAGACAGCGGCGUCGACACGCACAACCUUCCCUGGCAAUCGCUCGCCGCGCGAGCGACCAACCCCGGGGCCGGCAACUUGCUCGGUUAA